CACAUCUCUAAAUUCAAGGUGAACGCAGAGCCGAUAGCAGUCUUGCCAAGCUGAUACAUAGCCAGGUUAGCGGUUAAUACCAAUUGACAAAAUCUAAUUUCUCAAUAUUUAAAUCCAGUCAUAUUCAGCGUCAUGUCGGUAUUCACUGAGGUUCCCCAGGCUGUUCCCGUGGCAGUGUUCAAGUUGUCGUCGGAUUUCCGCGAGGACCAGAACACCAACAAGGUGAACCUUGGAGUUGGAGCCUACCGUACAGAUGCAGGCCAGCCGUGGGUGCUCCCUGUGGUGAAGAAGGUGGAGAGGAUCAUCGUGGAGGACAACAGUCUGAACCAUGAGUACCUGGGCAUCCUGGGGUUACCUGAGUUCAGGUCUUCUGCCUCCAAGAUUGCCCUUGGGGAGGAUAGCCCAGCCAUCCAGGAGAACAGGGUGGGGGCUGUGCAGUGUCUGGGGGGGACGGGUGCGUUGAAGAUGGGGGCGGAGUUCCUCAGACGCUUUCACAACGGGACCAACAACACCAAGACACCUGUCUAUGUUUCUGCACCUACCUGGGAGAACCACAACGCCGUGUUUGCCAGCGCUGGCUUUGAAGACGUACGCUCCUACAAAUACUGGGAUGCAGAGAAGAGAGGCCUGGACCUGGCCGGUUUCCUUGGAGACCUGGAGAGUUCCCCUGAGCACUCCAUCUUCGUCUUGCACGCCUGCGCCCACAACCCCACUGGCACGGACCCUACCCCAGAGCAGUGGAUGCAGAUCGCUGAGGUCAUGAUGCGCAGGAACCUGUUUGUGUUCUUCGACUCGGCCUACCAGGGCUUUGCAUCAGGCAGCCUGGACAAGGAUGCCUGGGCUGUGCGCUACUUUGUGUCUCUGGGCUUCGAGAUGUUCUGUGCUCAGUCCUUCUCCAAGAACUUCGGCCUCUACAAUGAGCGAGUGGGGAACCUGACAGUGGUGGCUCGUGACCAGGACAACCUGAGCAGGGUUCUGUCCCAGAUGGAGAAGAUCGUCAGGACCACCUGGUCCAACCCCCCGUCCCAGGGGGCUCGCCUGGUGGCCAUCACUCUCAACACCCCCGAGCUCUUCGCUGAGUGGAAGGACAAUGUGAAGACCAUGGCAGACCGGGUGUUGCUGAUGAGGGCUCAGUUGCAGGAGAAGCUGCAGGCCCUGGGGACUCCUGGCACCUGGGACCACAUCACCCAGCAGAUAGGCAUGUUCAGCUUCACCGGACUGAACCCUAAGCAGGUGGAGUUCAUGAUAAAGGAGAGGCAUGUGUACCUGAUGGCUAGUGGGCGCAUCAACAUGUGCGGUCUGACAACCAAGAACAUCGACUACGUAGCCGAGUCCAUAUACGAGGCCGUCACCAAGGUCCAGUAGGAGAGGACUACCCUACCCACAACCCACGAGGGCCUGGCACCUCCUCAGUACUUCCUGUCCCUGCAGCUGCUCUGGGGUGUAUUAGAUGUGGAUGGUGGUGUGCGUUUGACCAGCACACACACACACACACACACAGUCACACACUCACCCCCACACUGUCACACACACCCUGUCACACCAUGUCGCCAAGCUCACUAGGACAGUGCGGGCUCUGGAACCGUCUAGAUCAACAUCCAUUUUAAAUCUUAAGUUAAUGCG